ACGUUAUUUUUGUUACGCCGUGGCUAUAAAUAAGAGAAGACACUGGCCUAGGGUUUGUUCAUCUCAUUUUGAUAAAAAAGGCGUCUUAAUAAACGCCUCUUUUGCUUCGAAUCGCUUCGAGUUUUCAACUAAUCUGAGUUAUCUUUGAUUUUAAUCGAGCGAAAAUGAGAGAGUGCAUUUCGAUUCACAUCGGACAAGCCGGAAUUCAAGUCGGUAACGCCUGCUGGGAGCUCUACUGCCUCGAACAUGGAAUUCAGCCUGAUGGUCAGAUGCCGAGUGACAAAACUGUUGGUGGUGGGGAUGAUUCCUUCAACACCUUCUUCAGUGAAACUGGUGCAGGAAAGCAUGUUCCACGUGCUGUCUUUGUCGAUCUUGAACCGACUGUCAUUGAUGAGAUCAGGACCGGAACUUACCGUCAGCUCUUCCACCCUGAACAGUUGAUCAGUGGCAAAGAAGAUGCUGCGAACAACUUUGCUCGUGGCCAUUACACAAUUGGAAAAGAGAUUGUUGAUCUAUGCUUGGAUCGCAUCAGGAAGCUUGCUGAUAACUGCACUGGCUUGCAAGGAUUCCUUGUUUUCAAUGCUGUUGGUGGUGGUACUGGAUCUGGUCUUGGAUCCCUUCUUUUGGAACGUCUCUCUGUUGACUAUGGGAAAAAGUCCAAACUAGGGUUCACUGUCUACCCAUCACCACAGGUUUCAACUUCUGUUGUUGAACCGUACAACAGUGUCCUAUCAACCCAUUCACUCCUGGAACACACUGAUGUGUCUAUUCUUCUGGACAAUGAGGCCAUUUAUGACAUCUGUAGGCGCUCGCUAGACAUUGAACGUCCCACCUACACCAACCUUAACAGACUUGUUUCUCAGGUGAUUUCCUCUUUGACUACAUCUCUGCGAUUUGAUGGAGCUUUGAAUGUGGAUAUGACUGAGUUCCAGACCAACUUGGUCCCAUAUCCAAGGAUCCAUUUCAUGCUCUCUUCAUAUGCACCUGUGAUAUCAGCUGAAAAGGCAUACCAUGAGCAACUCUCUGUGGCUGAAAUAACCAACACUGCUUUUGAGCCCUCCUCUAUGAUGGCCAAGUGUGAUCCUCGACAUGGAAAGUACAUGGCUUGCUGUUUGAUGUAUCGUGGGGAUGUUGUCCCAAAGGAUGUUAAUGCAGCUGUUGCAACUAUCAAGACCAAGCGUACAAUUCAGUUUGUUGACUGGUGCCCAACUGGAUUCAAGUGUGGAAUCAACUAUCAGCCCCCUACUGUUGUUCCUGGUGGAGAUCUUGCCAAGGUUCAGAGAGCUGUCUGCAUGAUUUCGAACUCGACCAGUGUGGCUGAGGUGUUCUCCCGCAUUGACCACAAGUUUGAUCUCAUGUAUGCCAAGCGUGCCUUUGUCCAUUGGUACGUGGGCGAGGGAAUGGAAGAGGGAGAGUUCUCUGAAGCUCGUGAGGAUCUUGCUGCCCUUGAGAAGGAUUAUGAGGAAGUUGGUGCAGAAGGUGCUGAGGAUGAUGGUGAAGAGGAUGAUGAGUACUAAGAAGUUAGAUCGGUUUAACUUUUUUAUGCUUAUGUAAUGUUUCAGACUCCGUGGAUUUCAUAUUUUGUUGCUUGUUCUCUUUUCGUCCAAACAUAUCAUUUCAGUACUUUUCGGCCAAGUGUUUGUCUUUGGUAAUAAGUGUUUCCAACCCGCUUCA